AAAUAUAACAAAUUAUUAUAAAAUAUAGUAAGUUAAUGCGCGUGCGUGAAAAAUUGUAUGAAAUCUGGCAUUUCCAUAAUUCAAGAGAUGGAAGUAUAGUAGUGGAACGUUUAAGGAAAUAAAAGUACAUGGAAUUCAUUUUACUUAGGAAAUGUUAAUGAGUUUUGUUAUAUGGUUUAUAUUGUUAAGUUGAGAAGGUGUAGAAAUGUCACGAUCAAAAUCUGAAAAGAUUGGAAAUGGUAAUAAAUGUGAAUUAAGUGUAUGGACACGUGCGAUAACAGCUAAUUCCGAAUGGCCAGAUAAAGAAGAAUUUUUGGAUGUUAUAUAUUGGGCUAGACAAGCAAUUGGUAUUAUAGUUGGUAUAGGAUGGGGUCUUAUACCUUUAAAAGGUUUUAUAGCCCUACUAUUAUUUGUAUUAGUUAAUGCAGGUGUUACAUACCUGUAUUUUAGUAAUUUUCAACAAAUUGACGAAGAAGAAUUUGGUGGUAUAUGGGAAUUAACUAAAGAAGGUUUUAUGACAUCAUUUGCUGGUUUUUUGGUCACGUGGAUCAUUAUAUAUUCAGGAUUACAUUUUGAUUAAUUAUUUUUAAAUUAAAAUUAUUUAUGCAUAUAAUAUUUUUCAAGAAUCAAGUAUGCAAUUUAUCUAUAUUUUGUGGAAAACAGUUUCAUAUAGAUUAUAUAUGUUUUGAAUUUAUGGUGCAUUUAAUAAACAUACAAUAGAAUUAUUUGUUACUUACUUGGAUAACUCUUGUUAUAUGAAAUUAAUAUUAUUACAUACAAAUUA